CACUUAGCAAACCCGUCCCCCACAAACGGAUUCGCCUCUGAGUCAAGUCGACAGACUACUACCACACAUCCACACUUCGCACUACCAACAUGCCUCCCAAGAAGUCGUCUGCUGCUGCCGCUGGUGGCAAGAAGAAGAGCUCGCCCUACAACGUCUUCAUGAAGGAAGAGCUCGCCAAGCUCAAGUCGGACCCCCGCCCUCACAAGGAGAAGUUCAAGGCCGUCGCCGCUCUCUGGGCCAAGUCGCCCAAGAACCCUAAGAACGCCAAGUAAACGCGCUCGACCUUCACGCGGCCCUGCUCAUCGUCGCAUCGUGAUACCAUCCGUCCAUCGAUCCUACCAGUCAGCGCGGACUUCCUUCACCCCCUUUCUUUUCCGCUCCUCGACCAAUGUACCAUGUCGAUGCCUUCCGCAAAUGAGGGAGGCCUGUACCACCACUACCACCCCCUAUGCUUCCCGGCUCUCAUG